GAAAUUUGAUUUUCGAAGCAAGGACGCCGUAAUGAAUGAAUUGUGUAAUCCAGAAUUCUCGUUAAGAAUUCUUUGGUGGUAGUUCGAGAGAAAUCCUCGACGAAAAGUGCACUUUGAAAUUUAUAUUUUAACAUUUAUAUUUUUUAGAUAAAUUGUGGAAUGCAAAGGAUCAUAAUGACUGCUGAAAAUAGUGUGGCCAAGGCACUGCGAUCUGUAGGUGAACGGAUUCAAGCAGCCUCUAUGCAAAGAACCUCGACAAUACCCAGUGUGGAACCAAGACUAGUCGCAGUGAGUAAAACCAAACCAGUAUCUAUGAUCCUUGAGGCUUAUCAGACGGGACAGCGCAACUUUGGUGAAAACUAUGUACAAGAGCUUGUUGACAAAUCUCAUGAUGCCACAAUCAGAGAACAGUGUACAGAUAUCAGGUGGCAUUAUAUUGGUCAUCUCCAGAGUAAUAAGGUCAAGAAACUUCUCAGUUCUCCUAAUCUGUACAUGGUGGAGACUGUUGAUUCCAGGAAGUUAGCAUCAGAGCUUGAGAAACAUUGGAGCAAAGAGACAGACAGAGGAACUCUCAGGGUCUUUGUGCAAGUCAACACAAGCGGAGAAGCAAAUAAGAGUGGUGUGUCCCCUGAGGAUUGUAGUGGAGUAGUAAGACAUCUCUUUGAUAACUGUUCUAGCUUAGAGUUUGCUGGUCUCAUGACAAUUGGAUCAUUUGAUCACAGCCUUGACAAUGGUCCUAAUCCUGAUUUUCAGUGUCUGAUCAGAUGUAGAGAAGAGGUAUGCAAGGAAUGCAGUCUGGACAUUGACAAGGUAGAGCUUAGUAUGGGGAUGUCACAUGACUUUGAACAUGCAAUAUCUGUAGGUAGUACAAACGUCAGGGUCGGAAGUACUAUAUUUGGAGCUAGAGAGAAAGCCAAAAGUAAAAGUGAACCACCUGUGAAGAACAAGGAUGAACCAGCUUAAAGCUGUUUGAAUCAGUGAACUGAAUUUAAUAGUACUCCACCAUGAAUAUAUCACUUUGACCGAUAUAACUUGGUCUUCUAUGAAGUCUGUGUUAGUUGAUUUAUUAUAUUCGCAAUAUAAUUAUAACAAUGAAUAAAAAUCAUGGCAUUAGGAUGAUAUGAAACAUGUACUGCUUGUUCAAGGAUUACUGACAUUAAAGGGAAUACUCACAAAGGUUGAGGUACAUUGUCUUUGGAAAAUUCUUGAAUUAUGUAAACUUAUUAAAAUGUAUUCAUUGUAAGGUUUCCGGGCAGUAUUUCUAACCUAAAAUGAAGAUGGUUGAUGAAUUUCACAGAGGUUUGAACACUCAAUAACCAGCAAAUAUCACUUAAAAGUGAACAUGUCUCAGGCAACAAUCUCAGGUGGUCUUGGGCUUAGGCAGUACAAGAUUUUCAUUUUGUAUACCGGUAUUCGGACAGCUAUCUUGAAAUUAUCAAAGACAUCUUGUAGCAUAUGUUGUGGAGAUAAAUUACACAUUAUAUUUGUCUGCCUGUCAACUUAAGUGUGCUUGAAUCCAUGGGUCUUGGUGAAAUAAAAAGAUAAAUUUUAAUCCAAAUUUGUUAUGACUUUGUUCCCCAUAUUUUUUAUUUCAACUGUAGAUGUAAGAAGAUUCUAUAAAUUGGGGGAAAAAACUUACAUUAGAUUCAUGUUGACCAUGUACUUGCCAGCAUAUUCGUAGAGAAUAGAUAUACAAGUGCUCAUGUACAUUCAGGCAAAUCCGCAAAAUAAUCAACCUUUUGUAGGUCCAAUUCCCAUUUUCUUCUAACUUCCCAGAUUCUUCUUACUUGUAACCUUACUUCAUGAACUACUCAAGCUAUGAUAAUUUUAGAGUAUUAUUGAAAUAUCUCAUAAGAACUGAGAAAACAGAGACAAAUUAUUUCAGGAGGGUCUAACAUAUACAGGGUUGCAUGUCAUUGCCCUUUCACAAUUUGUAGAUUUGAUUUGGUCAGCAUGGUAUAAGUGUUUCCACUCUCAAUUAGGUAACUGCAUUGCCGUUACCUUAAUUUUUGUUUUUUCAUUAAUUUGUUAUUUCAUUGUGUGAAGUAAUCAAGAUAUUUAAAUUUGAAAGUACUUAACCUACUCGCAGUCGUAUCAUCUUUCAGAUACUAUUUUUUUAAUGGGGGAUACUUUUUUUUUAGAUCUUCAAACUGUUGAUGAAUAUAUAUAUAAUUAGGGUUGUUAUGUUGCAUGACGAGUCUAUCUUUUUUUCUUCUUAACCCCCACCCCCUUUCAGAUCUCAGCCACAAAAUGUCUGAUCAACAUUAAAUAUUCCUCAGAUGUUAAGACACCUGUUAAGGUUGCUGCUAUGUAGUUUUUUUUUUCUUUUUUUUUGCUUAUGAAAUCGUUUUUGUAUAAUUUCAUCAGUUGAUUAUUGAAAUAAGAUGCAUGUAUUUAUAUUUUGUUAUUAUUCCCCCCAAAACUUGGUGUUUUGCCAAAUAUUUUGCAAAAUUUGGUGAAAAGCACUGUACAAAACAAACAAACAUAUUAAUUCUUUUGUUACUUAUUGUUGUGUUAAUUCCAUAUGUAUUCACUUGUUUUUAUGAUUGAUUGUGUUCCAGAAUCUAAUUUUGAUCCAUUUGAAAUUAGGUAGUAUGGUUCAAAUGGCUUAGAAUGUGAAAUUAAUAGUGUUAUGUGCAAUUUAUGAAAAUAAGUAUUUCCAAUUCAUUCGUACAGAAGUUCCUGAAAAGUGCCUUUUUUAGCUUACAAGCAACUACUGAAUCACUAGUGACCCUGUAAUCUGGGAAACGAGAGAUACAAACGUUUUUAUAAAUUAUGUGGGUAGGUCCCAACUUGUUGAGAACAAUAUAUAGCAUUUAUGAGGUGCUGUUUCCUAUUCAAUGGCGCACUAUAUAUUUCCUCACCUUUAUGCUCCAGCUGCUAAAGAUGCUUGGUGCACUCAAGGAAUUAAUCCUACUGGGUACCCAUUCACCUUACAUGGGUGAGUGCAGCAGAGAGGGUAAAUUUCUCGCUAAAGGAAAACAUGCCAUGGCUGGGAUUCAACCCCAUGUCCCUGUGAGAGUCUUCCCACUAGACCAUGCACCCACCGAUACACUGUAAUUCCAAUGGAAUGCACUGUAGUCCAGAGAGAGUUCAACAUUUGAUCCCAAGUGGAGUUAGUAAGAACAUUAUUCAUGGCAAAAGAAAUCUUAUAAUCACUCAUUUAGGCCAGUCUGUAUGCUUAUGAGCAAAUUGGCAAGAUUUAUCCAGAUCAUCCUCCCCACAAAAUCUCAUGAAUUGCGACUUUCUUUUGCAAGAAAUUUAACCUCUAGCAAAAUGCAAUCUUAUGGUACCAUUGGAAAGAGUAAAUUUUACACCUUUAGGCCUGAAAAGAUGCUUCGUAAUGAUUUUCUUUCUCUGUUGUUUCUUUAUGAUUGUGCAAAAAAAAAGAAGAGAAAAUUAAAAGUCAUAAUAAUGUUUACAUCAUCACAGAAAGUCUACUUACAAUACCAUACUUGAUAUGCAUUUACUUUUAAUCAGGUGAAGAUCAGUCGUUCACUGCCAAGGUACAGAACAAGAUUUCUUGAAUUGUUUGAAGAGCAACCUAUCAUCUGUUAUAUAGAAUACUAGUAUUUCAUAAAUUAUCAAACAAAAAUGGCUUAAAUUGUGUCAUAACACUUCUUUAUAAUUUUUUCAAAUCGCAUUCUCAAACAUCCUAUAUGGAAAUGAUUAUACAUGCAACCUCAAGUAUGAGAAAAAUAGGCUUGCCUUAGGUAUUGGGCAUGACUCAUUUAUUACUUUUCCAUGCAUACAGAUGGAAUGGACGUUUUAGCACUGGACAUAUGGUUGUGUUUAUGCAGCUUUUGUAUAUAUUAAGCAAAUGUAUAUAUGGGUGCAGCUGUAUAGGUGCAGUUGCCUUGGGACAGUUUUGUGUGUGAAAUCAUUUGAUAUAGCAUAAUUGUGUUUUUAGCCCUUACUUUUUUUAGGAUUUGUCUUACAAAAUUUGUUAAAGAGGCCUCAGCACCCUCUCUUCCAGUACACUUGGAGCUAAGCCCGACACACACUACAUGAUCUGUUGCAAUCUUAUUUUUUAAGAAAUCAUGAAAUAUGAACAUUCUAACCAGACACUUAAUGAUCAAAGUUUCAAAUUUUGUAAUGAAUACUAAAAUCAGAAUUACAGUCUACUUCGAGCUUCCCUGCAGGAAUAAAAUUGAAGCUGGGAAGAAGCAAAACAGAAUUGUGAUUUAAUAUUUCUAACAUUAUGCUGGACUUCAAGUAAACUUAAUUUACUUCUUGGAACCUUCAUAUUUAAUGCAAAAUACAAUUUUUAAAAUUUGGUCGUACUUGGAUCGUGCAGUGUGCGACAGGCUUUAGAGAGACUAACAGCCUGGUCUUUCUUGAUGCACAAGAAUGUUAAUUAGUUCCAUAGACAUUUCACUAGUCUAUAUUAACGUGUGCAUAUUUAUGGAUGGAUUGUCUCAUAAUAAAUUACCAAUAUUUUCUUAUUAAAUGUAA